AUGGUAUUUAAUAAUUGUUUCUAUAAUGCAAACUCUAAGGUAGUUUGCGUUGACAAUGAGAGGUUAGCCCUUCUCCAGUUCAAGCAAGAUCUCAGAGACCCUGCAAACCGGCUUUCCUCCUGGGUUGGUGAGAACUGCUGUAAAUGGAUGGGAGUUAUCUGUGAUAACGUGACCGGUCGUGUCAGUGAGAUUCACCUGCGCAAUCCAUACAUUAAACCUGUUGGUGAUUAUGAAACUAAAGCUGAAUCUGAAUCCGAAUACGAAUCUGAAAUUGAUGCUUAUUGGCGGUCUCAGUUACGGGGUAAAAUAAGCCCUGCGUUGCUUAAUUUGAAUCACCUCGAGCACUUGGACUUGAGCUGCAACCACUUUGAAGGGAUUAAAAUUCCGGGCUUCAUUGGUUCCCUCAAGAACUUGAGAUAUCUAAACCUUUCUCAGUCAAAUUUCGGGGGAGUCAUUCCAUAUCAACUUGGGAAUCUCUCGAGGUUGCGUUACCUCAGUCUCGAUGUCGCCGGUGCAAGUGCCGAAAACUUGCAAUGGCUUUCUGGUCUUCCUUUGUUGAAACACCUGGUUAUGAGUGGGGUGAACCUAAGCAAAGCAUUUGAUUGGUUAAAGGUGACAAACAACCUUCCUUCUUUGGUUGAACUAUACUUGUCCAAUUGUGAACUUACUUAUAUCCCUCAUCUACCAAAUAUUAACUUUACUUCACUUGCCAUCCUUGAUCUUUCAAGUAACAAUUUCGAAACUAUGCAACCAGGAGGGAUUUUUAGUUUGGGUAGUCUAGUUUCCUUAGACCUCAGUUUUUGCCAAUUGUAUGGUUCAAUUCCUGCUGUUCUUCGAAAUAUGACAAGCCUGAGAGAUCUCAAUUUGUACUACAAUUAUUUCAAUUCUACUAUACCAAACUGGUUGUAUGGUUUUAACCAUCUCGAGUUCCUCAAUUUUGGGUUCAAUUCAUUGCAAGGUGAACUAUCCAGUGAUGUUAAAAACCUUACUUCCCUCGGAGCAUUGACUUGUCAUACAAUCAACUUGAAGGGACACUACCUAGAUCAUGGGGAAAGCUUUGCAACUUGA